AUGUCAGUUUUCCAAAAUUGGAUAGACGGGUUCAAACCAGCCGUUACGGACGGAGAAUACGCCGAUCCAUCUGAAGGCGACAUUGAACAAGAGGGCGCAAGCUUUCCUCUGAAGCCCUCUCACGAUAUUACCUCUGAAGACCUGAAAGGCAUAAAACCUACAAAACGGCCCAUGCUCAAGAAAGAACUUGGAAGCCGUCACCUAGCGUUCAUUGCUUUGGGUGGCGGCAUUGGUACCGGUCUCUUUGUCGGUUCUGGAUCAAAACUAUAUCAAGGUGGCCCUGGAAGUAUAAUUAUUGACUACACCCUUAUGGGUAUAAUGAUCCUCACGGUACUUUUUGCUCUUGGUGAGCUUGCUACCCUUUUCCCGACCCCCGGUGCUUUCAGUGCUUAUUCAACCCGUUUUAUUGAUCCUGCCGCAGGUUUCGCAAUUGGAUACAAUUACUUUAUGUCCUGGUGCUCGACUCUUCCUCUCGAAUUCACUGCCGCCGCGAUCGUGGUUCGUUAUUGGAAUCAUGAUAAAUUAGAUCCUGACAAAGAAGGACCAAUGCCCAAUGGUGCCCUUGUUGCUAUUUUUUGGGUACUGGUCAUUCUUAUCAAUUUGUUUGGUGCCCGUGGCUAUGCGGAAUUCGAGUUCAUCGCUACAAGUUGUAAAAUGCUUGUUCUCGUCGGAUUUAUUAUCUACGCGGCCGUGGUGGAUUGCGGGGGCACGUCCGGCACAAACCACAAGUAUUUGGGUGCUCGUUACUGGCAUGAUCCAGGCGCCUUUAACAACGGAUUUAAAGGAUUUUGCAAUGUAUUCACCACGGCUGCUUUUGCAUUUACAGGCACAGAAGUUUUGGGUCUUGCUGUGGCCGAGUCCAGCAAUCCGCGCAAGGCUAUGCCAAGGGCUUGCAAACUUGUCUUAUACCGUGUUAUCAUUUUCUAUGCCAUCGCAUUAUUCAUGGUCACAUUGCUUGUGCCAUAUAACACUCCUGACCUUCAUGGAAAGACCGAUAAUGAUCCUAAAAGCUCGCCAUUUGUGAUUGCCAUCAAGGCUGGCCAAGUCAGUGUAUUGCCGGACAUUGUUAAUGCGGUGAUUAUGCUGUCCGCUAUCUCUGUGUCGAACUCUGCUGCUUAUGCUGGUAGCAGGAUGCUCCACGCUUUGGCCGACAAUGGCAUGGCACCCCAAAUAUUUGCUUACGUCGAUCGCCAAGGUCGACCGCUCGUGGCCACACUGUUUACGCUCAUGUUUGGUGCAUUAGCAUUUCUAAUCUAUGUGGGUGAUGACAAUGGCGGUGAAGUAUUCAGUUGGCUUCUGGGCAUAUCCGGUCUUGCUAUCUUGUUCACAUGGUCAUCGAUCUGUAUCUCUCACAUUCGUUUCCGCGCUGCAUGGAAGCUUCAAGGUCACUCGUUGUCCGAACUUCCAUGGCUCUCGCCUCUGGGUGUUAUGGGUAGCUACAUCGGUCUUACUUUUAACAUACUGGUCAUCAUUGCCCAAUUUUACAAUUCAGCUUUCCCUAUUGGCGAGGGAGAAAAGAACGGGAAUGAUCGAGGAUAUAACUUCUUCCUUGGCAUGAUAUCUCUCCCUAUCAUUAUGGUUUUCUUCUUUGGCUACAAAAUUGUAAAAAAGACCAAGAUUAUUCCUUUGCAAGAAAUUGAUCUCGUAUCUGGUAUGCGUGAACAAAUCAGCCUUGAGGAGCACGAUCAAGAACGUGCUGAAAGGCAGAACAGGCCCUUCCACAAAAAGGUUCUGCAUUUUUUUUUCUAA